AUGCAGCCUGGCUCUAGCGCAACGCCCAGCAAGAAGGUCAAUGCGGCAUACGACUUUGGGACAGCGUUCUUCUCGACGCUGACGCUGGCGGCGUCGAUGGCGCCGCUGCCCUACCUGCAAGAGGCCGCCCAGUUGGCGGUGAACAUCAUCCAGAUCCUCCAAAAUGCGGACAACAACUUGGAAGAGUUCAUGAUCCUCGCAAACGACGCCUGCGAGCUCGUCGUCGCCAUCUUGGCCGCGGUCGAAGUAUUCCAGCGGGACGGCCUGGCGCUGUCGCCGCAGCUGGCGGGUAACAUCGCCGAUCUGAACGUGACACUGUCCAACAUUUACAAGUUGGCCAAGAAGAACAUCCGGAAAAGCAAGCUCUACCAGAUCUUCCGGCAUCGCACCCAGCUCCAGAAGAUCGAGCGGUACCGGGCCCAGCUAAGAGUCGCUCUGGACAAGUUUGGGCUUCAGUCCCAAAUAUCAAUACACGAAAAUGUGGUCCAGAUUCUGAAGCAGGUCAAAGAGCGGGAGGAGAAGGAGGAGAACGAUCGUCAGGCCAGACUAGCCGCUGCCGCCAAAGACAGCGUCGAUGAACCCAAAAGCGCUCCAAACAUACCCCCUCCAAAAAGCCCUCAGAAGAACGCAUUCGGAAACGUCUUCGGCGGGAACAUCGGAGGCAACGUCGACAUCACGACUAUAAACGGCAACUACACCAACCGACAGACGCUGAACCGGAAUAUCAUCUCCAACUCAUUCAACACGACUUACAGCUACCCCUCAUGA